ACAAUGGACCACCUCCUUGGUCCCCGCAAUCAACACGAGGAUGAGGGUGCACAAGAUGCACAUGAGGACCAGCCCAGCACGAGUCGUGCCCAACAGCCAUUUGCAUAUGAUAUGGAACAAAUGCAAGACUAUGCUGCCAAUGGCCCAAUGCCAAUCAAUACCCUCCGUGAUGAAAGUUGGUUUGUCGCCAAGACGCUUCUUUAUUCCCUUAAUGCGAAGAACAAAUUGAAGCGGCGCAGUCUCUUGGAGAUCAAUUCGCUUCGUAUGCGAAUCGGGAUAAUGGGUAUCCCUAUGCUUGGUCAACACGAAUGGCGUUCUCUGUUUCAAGUCCCUACUGAGACAGAGGCUUCUUUUAAUUCUGAAAUCACGUCCAUAUUGGCCCAAGAUGACCCAUUGUCACAGUUUGACAAGAUUGUCGAACUUCGAAGGAAAUGUUUGCAUCAAGGAUCGCUUCAACGCUUUUCCCUUGAUGUUUUAGAGUCUCUCCUCGUACUUGUAGAGACAGCGGACUACAUCACAAGGGAGGAUUCUCACAUGCCCAUCUCACCUACGUUCGAACACGUCCUGCGCUCGCGUUUUUCUUCGGAAAACCCCCACAAGCAUUCAUAUGACUCUUGCCACCUUCCAAAGGAAAUUACAGCCACGACGCAUUGGCUUAAUUCAUAUUUCUAUUGGGGUCCUAUUGUUGUCCUCGCACCACCCUUCCAUAUCACUCUCUAUCGUAGUACGGGAUUUUCGAAACGGUUUGGGAACCCUGAAAUCGACAUUUGGAUUGCCUUGUGCAACCAUGACGGAUGCACACUUGUAGAUGAUCGAAAAGCAGGUGCUAUAUAUGCGCUCGAAAAGUUGAUGCGCUUGGCCUUUGACCGAGACGUUGCGAAAUAUGCUCGUGAAUUGGCGAUCAAACUCCACUCCUACGACCUCGCUACUCGUGUUAAACGUCGUCAUGGACGUGACAGAAAUGCUACUAACCGAUGGGAGGCUGCUAACUGCCCUGCAGCGUCAGGCUAGCUGCUUCAUGCCGCUGCAUUCGACAGACUCAUUGCCUCGUGUUGGACAACAAGCAGUGGUUUCAAUGUCUCACCGUGUUUCACCAUUUCACUGCACUGCUACACGUUUGCCCUUGUUAUUAGCCCACUUAUACCGCUUUACAAUGUCUCCCUAAGUGCCUCAACACCUUGGAUGUACACAGGUAUCACGCAUAAGACUCGUAAUUCUAUCACACCUAUGUCC